AUGGAACAACAACAAUCUGCCCAACGGCCCCUCGCCGGAGCCGACAGCAUCCGAGCCCUCAAAGACGACAAUGCCAUUUUCACUGCUUUUGACUCCUACCCCUGGACAAAAGACAAGAUGUUUAUGUCCGGCCUCUACGCCAUCCUCGGUGAACCUGGCCAGCAAAACCCUCAAGCCUCCCUUGCAGACAUGGCCAUCCAUGCCCGCGUCUUCUACUAUUCCCAACGCAUCGGCGUCAUGAUUGAUUUUACCGCCUACAAGGCUUGGCUCGCUAGCAACCCCGACCACAGUCCCCCAGACGUCCUCCCAGAGGAGUAUCACCGCCGUGAUGGAACCAAUGCAUCUCCGCCACCAGCCUUGGACUGGCAAAAAGCCGCCCCCAAAGCUGAUUUGUACAUCGAUCGUAAGGCUGCGGCUGCUCAAGCAGGCUCAGAGGACCAGCCCAAUUACCCCAUGGGCUUCGCUGAGAUGAUCAAGCUUUUGAAGGAGGGCAAGCCUGUGCCUGGAAUCCGCCAGAUCCCCAACACCAUUGUUCGAGAUCCUUCUGUCAAACCUGUAGGGGCCAGGGCUGUCCCAAGGAAGCCAUGGGAGAAAGACGCGGCCGCCGACCCCCCAACCCUCCCAGAUCUCCCAAAGGCUCUGGACACCGAAUUUCCACCAGUCGACGAUGAUGUCCCUACUUCUGCAAAUGCUGCAACUGCCUGA